CCCAGGCUCCCGGUGCGGUGAAUGCCUCUUUCACCAGCAGUUCCCCACUUCCCCAAAAAGCAUCACCUUGCCAGCUCCCUUCCUCCCACCAGCUGCCAGGAAAAAAAAUUAGGGCAAGGACAGGGAGCGAGAGCAAAACCAAUGAACUUGUUUCCAGCUUUUCCUUCAGAUCAGCCGUCCAGCACCGGGAGAAAAAUAUUUCUCCUGUAAAAAAACUCCCCUCUCUGUGCAGGCUCCGAUCCCGUCGUCACUGGGACACUGGCUGGAGACUUGGUCUCAGCUCGGCAGCAGAAGACACCGUAUCACCAUGAGUUCAUGGAGCCAUGAGGAUGGCCUGAGCCCCACGGGGACACCCUGGGCCCUGUGGGGACCUGCCACCUGCCUUCCAGUGGAACUGUACAGGAGCUGUCACAGCUCUGUGUUAGCAGCGUGGUGCAGAUGGAGAUGCUGAGCCACAGCAUGGAGCUGGGUGGGAGCACACAGCAGGUGUCCUGACAGGUGUUCUGGACUGUUCACUUCCCGACCCCUCUGCUGCACCCUGAUGGAGCCCGCCAGAGCAGCCACCUGGGGCACCCCUCACCCUGACACGGGUGGGCACAGGUUUGGCCACGUGUGGCAUCCACGAGUCCCUCACCAGAGCUCCGGUGCCACCACAGUGAGAGGUGCCCGGCAUUACUGGUGGGGAGCACGGAGUCCCUGCUCUGCAGGACGUGACCAACUCCAGGCCUGCGCUUGCUCUGGGAGCUGACGGCUGUAUUUACGGAUUGGGUGGAAAUCCAGAAGGCUUCGUCAAACGUCCCACGGGCCCCGGGCCUGCCCCUGCCCGCGGCUCGGACACGUCACAGACACGCCUGUGGGCCUGCGAAUGGUCAGCCAUGGAGGACAGCCCGGGGGGGACACGGCUCAGUGGGGUGGGCUGCCUUGGUGAGGACGACAGCCAUGAGCCCCGUUCAGCCACCACUCGCCAUACAAGUCCCCUCAGCCACAAGCCUCUCUCUGGCCACGAUCCCCUUGUCCAUGAGCCCCCUGGCGAUAAUGCCCCUGGCAACCAGUGCCCUUGGCCAUAUUGCCCCAAACCAUAAGCGCCCCCCAUCCCAUUGCCCACCCACCCACGCCGUGCAGGCGCCGUGGGGACCCCACCGCGAGGUGGCCAGGGGCACGUGGGGAUGCCCUGGAGCAUCCUCGGGGAGUCCCCGGUCUCUCGCCCCCCAGCCACGGGCUAUGCGGGGCCCUGCACCGAUAUCGAGUCUGUUUAAGGAAGCCCGACCCAAACUGGCCCCCGGGGCUUGCUGCGGCGGCGGGGCCGGGCCGGGGGCGGGGGCGGGGGGUGCGCUGAGCACGGCGGGUCCCAGCCCGCCCCUUCCCCGCCCGCCGCCUCCGCCAUGGGCGCCGCGGGGCCGCUCUGCGUCCUCCUCCUGCUGCUGGGCACCAGGACCGGGACUGGCACCGGCACCGGGACAGCGCCACCUCGCCUGGUACUCGCCCUCCUGGCCCGGAACGCGCAGCACUCGCUGCCGCACUGCCUGGGAGCCCUGGAGCGCUUGGACUAUCCCGCAGGCAGCAUCGCCCUGUGGUGAGGCAGCGAGACCCCCGCGGGGAGCAGGGACGCCGCGGUGUGCAACAGACCACAACUUGGACAACACGACAGCAAUGCUGCAGGAGUGGCUGGGGGCGGUGGGGAAGGACUAUCACUCGGUGGCCUGGAAGGUGCAAGAGGAGCCCAGCUCCUACCCUGAUGAGCUUGGUCCCAAGCACUGGAGUGACAAACGUUAUGAAAACGUGAUGAAAUUGAAGCAGGAAGCUCUCACCUACGCCCGGGAGCAGCAGGCAGACUACAUCCUGUUCAUGGACACUGACAGCGUCCUGACCAACAAUCAGACCCUCAAGUUUCUCAUGGCGCAGAACAAAUCAGUGGUGGCCCCCAUGCUGGACUCGCAGACCUUCUACUCCAACUUCUGGUGUGGCAUCACACCCCAGGGGUACUAUCGCCGGACAGCCGACUACUUCCCCACCAAGAACCGGCAGCGGGUGGGCUGCUUCCGUGUCCCCAUGGUCUAUGCCACCUUCCUGAUCGACCUGCGGAAGGAGGACACCUUGCAGUUGGCUUUCUACCCGCCCCAUCCCAACUACACCUGGGCCUUCGAUGACAUCAUUGUCUUUGCCUACUCCUGCCAGGAGGCUGGUGUGGAGGUCCAUGUGUGCAACCAGCACCACUUUGGUUACAUCAAUGUUCCUGUGAAGGCCCACCAGACACUGGAGGAUGAUCAUGCCAACUUUGUGCAUCUCACACUGGAGGCAAUGGUGGAUGGUCCCCCCAUGCAGCGCUCCAGGCACAUUUCUCUCCUGCCCAGGCCACUCACAAAAAUGGGCUUUGAUGAAGUCUUCCUAAUUAACCUGGUGCGGAGGCCAGACCGGCGGCAGCGAAUGCUGGCAUCCCUGCAGGAGCUGGAGAUCAGUCCACGGGUGGUGGAUGCUGUGGAUGGCAGCACCCUCAACAGCAGUGACAUCAAGGUGCUGGGUGUGGACUUGCUACCCGGCUACUACGAUCCCUUCUCCGGCCGCACGCUCACCAAGGGCGAGGUUGGCUGCUUCCUCAGCCACUAUAAUAUCUGGAAGGAGAUCGUGUCCAGGAGGCUGGAGCGGUCAGUGGUCUUUGAGGAUGAUGUGCGCUUCGAGGCUGCCUUCCCAGCACGGCUGCAGCGGCUGAUGGAGGAGCUGGAGCAGGCACAGCAGGACUGGGACCUCAUCUACCUGGGGAGGAAGCAGGUGAACGAUGAGGAUGAGGCACCUGUGAAAGGCGUGCGGAACCUGGUGGUGGCCGGGUACUCGUACUGGACACUGGCCUACGCCAUCUCCCACCAUGGGGCACGGAAGCUGCUGGCCACCAAACCCCUCUCCAAAAUGCUGCCUGUGGACGAGUAUCUGCCCAUCAUGUAUGACAAGCACCCCAAUGAGGAUUACAAGCGGCACUUCUCCCCACGGGACUUGCUGGUGUUUUCGGCUCACCCCCUCCUGGUUUAUCCCACUCAUUAUGCUGGGGACAGCAACUGGCUGAGUGACACUGAGACUUCCACCAUCUGGGAUGAUGAUGCCAAGAAGACUGACUGGGUUGGCUCACAGAAGACACUGCGGGACUCAUGGGGCAGUGCUGGCCACCUCCGCUCCACGGCCCAUGACGAGCUCUGAUGGGAUGAGGGAUGGUGAUCCAGCUGGGAGCACCGUGGGAAAGGACCUUACACUGCCCACUCUCACUCAGGAGAUGCAGCUGCCCUGGACAGAACCCUACAGGAUUCUUCAAAUCUGCAUGUGACGAAUCCACCCAAGGCAGGAUUUGCCCCAGGAAAGCCUUUCCCUACCAAGUGGAGAGACCAGAGGAGUGCUGUGCUCCGUCUCUGCUGAGGACACGUCUCCAGGAGAGUCCCAAUCAAUGCCAACUCUGCUGUCUCCCACCAGCCUGGACUUGGGGGACUGGACUUUGGGCUGGCACAUGUGGUGGCCUCCUGCCACUGACUGGGCUUGUCCCUCAUGCCAUGCCUGGGUGGAAGCCCAGGGAGGAUUAAAGCAGACUGUUGGAGCUGAUGUGCUGGGUGCUGGCAUUGGCCCAAGUUCCCAGGGCAUUACCCCACUGGGGUCACCGUGGUGCUGCAGGGGCGAGGGUUUGGCAGUUCCCCCAGCUGGGAACUUUGGGAAUGAAAUCUGUAAGGGGGAAAGAAAGGGAAGGAGAGAGGUGAAGGGCAGGAAGAUUGAAGCUCACCCUUGGGGUCUGGGUGGGAAAGAUGGGUGGCAUCUUCACAGAGCUUAGCUCUCCUGUGGGAGUGGAGGGGAUGGAGCAGCAGGUGGAGGCCUUGGUAGCAGACACCCACAGUGAGAUGUCUGAGACUACCAAGUGAUUCAGGAAAGCAUCAUUUGGGGCAGGUUGAACAGCUACAGCACGGACCUCCUGAAGGAAAACAACCAGGUCCAUAUCACACGGGACCAGAAGAUCCAAGUGGAUCUCCUGGAGAACAGGGAGGAGACGGCCAAGUGCCUAUUUUGCAAGUGCAGGGUCCCAGCCAGUAUAGACAUGGGUGAGGAAGGGAUGACAGGUUGGACACACUUUUGCUUCCUGGCUUUUCCCCUGGUCCAGGCAGCCUCAGUGCUCCAGGAGGAGCUCAGGAGCUGGGGAUGGAGCAGAAGAAUGUCUGGUGCCAGCUGGAGCAGAGGAUGGAGGCAGCAGAAACACUGUGGUAUAUGUCAGUCAGCAAGUGUCCCAGUGCUUGUUCCAGUGCCUGCAGGAGGAGCUGCCUUUGCUGGGUGUCUCAGUAUUCCUGGGAUACAAUGCUGGGCAGGACAUGCUGGCACAGCCCAGGACUCCGAGACACACCAGUGGUGAGGACACACUGCCUCAGUUUGCCCUCUCCACCAUGAGAACUGCAACGGGUCUGCGGGAAGCCAGAACUCCUGCAGCUGUUGGAAACUCCAGAGUUUCAGCCAAAACCACUGAACUCAAAAACACUGUGAGGCCAGCCCUGAAACUUGCUGCAGCUCAGUGGGAGCAGCACGCUAUGAGAUUCCAGGCUCUUUGUGCUUGCCAGUUUCUCAACAAAGCUGAAGUGCCUUUGGACUCUACAGAAGUAGCUCCUACUGCUCCCCAUGUCUCACUAGAAGCCUCGCUCCAAACUGGGCUGGUCGAACAGGGAUGGGAACACGGAUUUGAGCUGCAAUGCCAAGGACAACCCAAGCCUGGCAGGCAGUGCAUGGAAGAGAGGCAGGAGCACGGCAGAGUCAGGGUCCCCCAUUGUGACACUCCCCAGAAGCUGAAUGGGUGCUGGCCCAGCCAAAGCCUGCAAGGUCUGACCAGCACAAGGAUGUACAAGAAGCUCCACAGCUCAUAGCACCAACUCUGCUGUAGAAAUCAUCACUGAGUAAAAGGAAUUUUCAAAACCGUU